CACGUGGAGAUUGCUAAAUUGCUAAUUAUUGUUCUUGUUGGAAUUUCUUCCUAUAAGAGCUUCGAAUUUUCACACUAAAAUUCGAGAUGUCUUUCAUUACUGUGGCUCCUGAUUCACAUUUUCCCAUUCAAAAUUUGCCUUAUGGCGUAUUCUCCACAUCCAGCGAUAAUACCCAUCGUAUUGGCGUUGCAAUAGGUGAAUAUGUGCUGGACUUGAAAGCAAUAAAACAUCUUUUCAAUGGACCGGUUAUGCAAUCACAACAACAUGUAUUUGAAGAGGCCACAUUGAAUAAACUCAUGAGUCUUGGUUCAGCAGCAUGGCAUGAAACACGUCAAACAUUGCAGUCCAUUCUGUCAAAAGAUCAGGGUGUGUUAAGAGAUAAUGCAGAGCUGCAAUCCAAGUGCCUUAUUUCUAGAAAUGAAGUGACUAUGCACCUUCCUGCUAAUAUAGGUGACUAUACUGACUUUUACUCAUCUCGAGAACAUGCUACAAAUAUUGGUACUCUGUUCAGAGGAAAAGAAAAUGCUCUUCUUCCCAAUUGGCUGCAUUUGCCAGUUGGCUACCAUGGUCGGGCUUCCUCAGUUGUCAUAUCAGGAACUCCUGUCAGGCGACCUGUGGGACAAUCCAGGAUGGUUGAUGAUAAACCUCCUGUUUUUGGACCUUGUAAAAUUUUAGACUUUGAGUUAGAAAUGGCAUUUUUUGUUGGGCCUGCGAACAACCAUGGAGAACCAAUCCCUGUCCAAAAGGCCCAUGAACAUAUUUUUGGAAUGGUUAUUAUGAACGACUGGAGUGCUAGAGAUAUUCAAAAAUGGGAAUAUGUUCCACUUGGUCCCUUCUUGGCCAAGAACUUCUGCACAACCAUCUCCCCAUGGGUGGUCAGCAUGGAAGCUUUACAGCCAUUUAUGGUCGCUAACCCAGUUCAGGAUCCACAGCCACUGCCAUAUUUGCGACAUUCUGAUCCAUAUUCCCUGAAUGUUGACUUGGAAGUUGGAAUCAAAGCGGAAGGAAUGGACAAGCCCGCCGUGGUUUGCAGGUCAAAUAUGAAGAACCUGUACUGGACAGCAAAACAGCAGUUGGCUCAUCACACCGUGACAGGGUGUAACGCCCGCCCUGGCGACCUCAUGGCGUCUGGAACCAUCAGCGGACCAACUCCAGAAUCUUACGGCUCGAUGUUGGAGUUAUCUUGGCGUGGAUCAAAGACGAUCCCACUCGCUCCGGGGGUUGAACGAAAAUUCUUGCAAGAUGGCGACGAGGUCGUGAUGAGUGCGCAUGCGCAAGGAGAUGGGUACGUGAUUGGUUUUGGAAGUUGUGAAGGAAAAAUCCUGCCUGCUUUGAACUUCCCUUGAGGUACGAUGAAUAGUGUGAUUAUAUAAAACGUGAGAGAUCCACAGUCAGAAAGGCUUUCAAAAGCCGUGAUUUUGCGACUGACUGGUUAUUUAAAAGUCAACUGAAAGUUAUAUGCGAAUAGGUAAUAAAAUUAUUCGAGAUAUUGUUGCUGGAUCUUGUGUUUUUAA